CACCAACCACAAUCAUCUAACGCAUACGGCGUACAAUAGCACUCAACUACGCAAAUUGCUGAAUAUACGCCACAAUCCUGUUACGACAAACCCUCUUCGCUUCACCGCCACUUGCUUCAUUCUCUCUCUACAAUCAAAGACUUAUGGAGUUUCUAAUCAAUUAAAUUCCCAAAAAAUUUCAAACCCUAGCAGAAAUUGACAAUGGCUUCGAUUCAUAUAUUGAAAUCCGGUUUAUAUCCGUUUUCAGCUUCGCAAUCGUAUUCUCGUAGGAAAGAACGGUUAAUUUGUUGUGAUGGCAGAAGAUUUAUCAAGUUCAGGUCAAAAUUAUUGAUUAACAGAAGGUUUACGAUUUCCUGCAAGGUUCAAGACUCUGAAGAUAACCAAAACAAAGGUGAAGAACCUACAGAGUCUUUGUUUAUGAAAGAACUGAAGCGACGUGGUAUGACUCCAACUUCAUUAUUAGAGGAAAGUCGGAGCACUUCAAAAGAUGAGAACUUUAUAUACAAAGAAGAUGGAGGUUUUUCAAAUAGAAAUGCUGUGUCAACAGAUCUUGAGAAAAGUCUAUCUAAUCAAAGGGAAAGAUCUAUGGCUUUGAACAGUGAAGGCCUUGAGGGUUUGAUUCCACGAGCUAAACUCUUGCUAACCCUUGGAGGAACAUACUUCUUGGCAUUUUGGCCUCUGAUUCUUGUAACUGUGGCAUCUUUCUCUGCUGUUUACAUUUAUUUUGGACCAAAAUUCGUCCAUGAUGCCAGCACACGACAAGUAUACCUGCCCCAAUAUGUCGACCCGUACGUACUUCUCGAAGACCAACAGAUCUCCCAAACCGCACCAAGGUUAAAUUAGUAAAUUCAAGUCCACAACUCUCUCUCUCUCUAUACAUUGUAAAAACAUGUAAAUGUAACCAAGUUUCAUUCAAGACACUUGUAAAUACACAAUGAAAA